GCAAGUAUACUCUAUUAAAAGUUAGACAAAAUAGCCUACUUGAAGUUUACUUUUAUGCACUAUUACAUAUUGUCAGCCUAAAUGCUCCAAUUUAUUCUGGAAAAGUAUUCAGUUAGUAAACUUUCUACACUACACGUACAUGGUCUACUAUUUGCCAUACUUGUACUUAAGUAUACUUAAUACAACUUUUUGCCAAAGGUUAUUUUUUUUCGGUUUUGGAAAUUCAACUUUUAUGUAAAAAAUAAGGGAGAGAAAUAAAGCCUGUUAUUUUUAUGUUUUUUAGCAUUAAGUGUAUGUUUUUAUUCUUUAAUGUGUUCAUCGUCGGGUGAGUGCGUUUAUUUUCGGGAUAUCAAUUAUUUGUUAUUCAUGUUCCCGCGUGCUGGCAGGGGCUCCGCAGCUAGCCAACAGCUAGCUAGCAUCAACGAUCAAAAUGUCUUUCUUCUCUACGGCCGAGAGGGACCACCACGACUCCGAAAUAUGACGACGUGAGACGGCGCCGUUGAUGGGUUGACUCCGUCAAUCGCGGGAGGAAUUUCCGCCCAUCUUUAAUGAGGACAAAUUAUCGUCCCUCGGCUCCACCACCAACGAAAGGACGCGAGCAUCCGAGCGGCGUCUGGGGUGUGAAGAGAGGGGAUCGGCUCCCCCCGAACACCGGGGAUCGUUUCGGGGAUUGUCCCGAGCUCCAGAUGCUGCUGGAAACAAAGGGAUAAUAGAGGGGUUGUGGAUCUGAUUCCACCUUUCCCAGCAUCUUAGUUCUGUCACGGCCCCCCUCACAAGGAGCCCCUCCAGACAUGGAGUGAGUUGGGCGUCUCCGGGUGCCAAACCGAAUCCCUACGGCCGAACCCGCAUGACUGAGACCUGGCAGCAGCACACGGUUGCCCCUCCCGUCGUCCACAACAUCCCCACGGCAACUGAGAAUGCGUUGGGCUGUGCCGUUUAUGGGAUUGUUCUGCAGCCAGACGCUGCAUCUCUGCAGCAGCAGCAGGGCCAGCACGAACAGCAGCAACAUCCCGCUCAGAACUCCCUGCAGGUCGGCGCUGAGGAGGCCCACAAAUGCGAGACCUGUGGACACGACAUCUCCCACCUUGUGGACCCGCUGGAGCAUCAGUGCGUGGUGACCCAGGACAGGUCCUUCCAGUGUACGCAGUGCCUGAAGAUUUUUCACCAGGCCACAGACUUGCUGGAGCACCAGUGCGUGCAGGUGGAGCAGAAGCCGUUUGUCUGCGGCGUUUGCAAAAUGGGUUUCUCCCUCCUCACCUCCCUGGCGGCGCACCACACAUCCCACAACAGCAGCAACCCCAUGAAGUGCUCUAUAUGCGAGAAGACGUACCGACCCGGUUCCUCUGGAAACACCACGCCCACCUCCUCCAACAACUCGCAGCAUACCAGCAGUGACGCAGCGUCUGCCAGCAGCAGCUCCUCCAUCCUGCCCUUCCCGUCGGCCCGAGACCGACCCUACAAGUGCUCCGUGUGCCAGAAAGGCUUCAAGCACCUGUCGGAGCUGACGCGGCACGAGAGGGUGCACACCGGCGAGAAACCCUUCAAAUGUGACACGUGCGACAAGGCCUUCAGCCAGUCCUCGCACCUGCAGCACCACCAGCGCACGCACAGCAACGAGCGGCCGUUCAAGUGCGCCGUUUGUGAGAAGAGCUUCAAGCACCGCUCCCACCUGGUGCGCCACAUGUACGUGCACUCCGGAGAGCACCUGUUCAAAUGCAAUCUGUGCGAGCUGCACUUUAAGGAGUCGUCCGAACUCCUUCAUCACCCCUGCCACCCGCAGGGCACGCGGCCCUUCCGCUGCGCCGCCUGUGGGAAGGGGUUCAAGCGGCCCUCAGACCUGCGCCAGCAUGAGCGUACGCACUCAGAGGAGCGCCCUUUCCACUGUGACGAGUGUCAGAUGAGCUUCAAGCAGCAGUACGCCCUGGCGCGCCACAGGCGCAUGCACAAAGACCCCACCGACCGGCCCUUCAAAUGCAACCUGUGUGACAAGGGCUUCAUGCAGCCCUCCCACCUUCUGUACCAUCAGCACGUGCACGGCAUGGACAACCUCUUCAAGUGCGCCUCAUGUCAAAAGGAGUUCAGCCAAUCGGGGGAGCUGCUCCGGCACAAGUGCGGCGAGUCAUCCAGCGCCUCCCUCGACAAGCCGUACAAAUGCGACGUGUGUGGGAAGGGUUACAAGAAAAGCUCCACGCUGCAGCGCCACCAGAACUCGCACUGCCAGGAGAAGCCACUGAAGUGCUCGCUGUGCGAGCGCCGCUUCGUCUCCUCCUCCGAGUUCGUGGAGCACCGCUGCGACCCGUCGCGGGAAAAGCCGCUGAAGUGUCCCGACUGUGAGAAGAGGUUCAAAUACACGUCUGACGUGAACCGCCACAGGCGCGUGCACACGGGCGAGAAACCCUUCCAAUGUGACCACUGCGACAAAGCCUUCAAGCAGCGCGAGCACUUGACCAAACACAAGAGCACACACUCCAGGGAAGGCCAGUUCAAGUGCGUGUGGUGCGGGGAGCGCUUCAGCGACUUGGGUUCUUUGCAGGACCACACGGUGCAGCACACAGCCGAGGGGGGCAAUUACAGCAUGUCCCAGUGCAUCUGAGGGCACAGCAGAACGUCCGCAUCCUCCUUUGUCCCACAAGCUGUUUGCCGAUGAGCAUCACCCCCAUUCAGGGCUGCCAUCUGAGGCCCGGCCUUUUAAGUUAUCAUUUUUUAUCUAACAUGGCAGAAAAACCCCGUAAGGAAAAUGUCAGGAGGUGCUCUUAUUUUGAAGAAAGCACACAGAAAACCCAACUCAUUAAUGUGAAACUUCCUGUCUAGGUUAUAUUUUUGUUUGCUAAAGUCAUUUCAAAACCCUAAAUCGAACAUAAAUGACAUAAAUCUAGAUAAUCUGCACCUCAGUACCUCUCCUGAAUCUGCAGCCGGACCCCAGGACCGUCUGAGCGGCAGAACCUUAGGUCGACAUGCAGGUCACUUCUGUGCUUUCAGUUAUGUUUGCAGUUCAAACCUUCAGCUAUUUACCAUGUUUGUGUUCAGUCUGGAGAAAGCUUAAAGUAUUGAAACUGUCAGUCAGCAGUAUUAUGCCUUAACUUUGCUUUUUUUCUGAAGAGGUCUUGUGCUACACCUUAAACUAAAUCUUAGUUCUAAGGAGAGAUUACCCUUACGGAGGCGGAUUAAGGUGCAACUGAAACCCAGUUUAUCCUCAUCUCACCUUUUGUACUUCCUGUCUGAAUCUUCCUCUGAAGAAAUAGAAAAACUUUUAUUUCCAAACUCAAACAUUUAGCAAUUUGACAGGUAAACUUUGAACAGCACAAAACGAGUCGUAAAGGUGAAUCUCGAUCCUCCUCUUCCUCCCGUCUCAGUGUUGACGAUGCUCGUCUGCAGGUUUGAAGUCAAACAGUGUAAAGGGGGGGGAUUUGGGAAUGCAUUCUGUUGUCAGGACGGUGGCGGACCUGUGCGAGCCAUGAUAUUCAUGGCUGCUCUUUUUUUUACGUUGAAAUGCCAGUAAGACUCAAGAGUGCAGCCUCAGCAAAAGCUCCAAACGGUGAAAUGUGUCGAGGUCUAGGAGUGCCAAAGAACAUGAAAAAAAUGCCAUCAUUAUUUUUAAAUUAAAGUUUUUAAAAUAAAAAAAAAAUCACAAUUGAAAUGAUUUGAAAUAAAUAAACAAGAAUUGCGUAACUUAUAAUAAAAAUUAGGCUAAAGGAAAAAGCAAAUGUUGAUUAAAAUAGGAUUAUUUGAUACGAUUAUUCUAAUAGGUCACCUGUUAAUGAAGAUUAGAAGUUAAAAUGACUUAUAAAAAAACUGCAACAAAAGUAUAAUAAUAAUGCAUUUAUAGUAAUAUUAUUAACUAAUAAAAAAAUGUGUUUAUAUCAGUUUUAAAGUUGAAAUUCUGCAGAAAACCGAUUUAAUACCGAUUUAAAUCGUCAUACAAUAUACAUAUUUUCUUUUACUGGCGUUUUUAGUUAAAUGUUGUCACUUUUAGACCUUCAUAGAUCUCCACCGAUGUUUUCUUAUGCAGAUGUUGCCAAAAAUGUCUUGCAGAAAUGUGGUGCUUUUCGGACGUCUGUGUGCAGAGGAGAGUUCUGGUCAGUCUGUACAUACCAUGUGUGAGUGUUGUUGAGCCAAAAGGCUGGGAAUGUCAAGGGACGUCUUUCUUUAAAAAGAAGAUGAAGGAAAAAAAAAAACUCCAAGAGAAAAGUGUUCUGAGAAACAUGUUUUGUACUUUGAAAACUUUAUACUGGAAAAAAAAAACAAAUCUGUUGGUUGUUUUUCUUUUGUAUGUGUGGUGAUUUUGCCUGUUUGCUGCAGGAGAGAUUCCUGCUGAUGAGUGUGUGAAUGUUCAAAUGUAAAUCCUGUCAAACAGAGAAAAGUGGACUUUUUUGAUUAUUAUCAUUGAGUUUUGAAGCUCACUGGUUUGAGAUGUCUCUGCAGGAUGAUCCUGCGCUUUGUGUUUUCAUGUGUGAUGGAGUUCGAGUGGUGUUCCUGCUCCAGAAUGAUGAUGAAGCUGUUUGUGAGAUUACACUUCAGAAGACACUCGGCGGCUGGAAAUGCCACCGAUCUUCGUCUCCUCGUCUCUCCUUCCUGUCUUUUCGCCUCAGUUUGACUUCUUCUCAGAGCAGUGUCAAAAAGUGAUUCUAAUUUUUUUUAAUUUCGCAUUUGAAAGUUUACAAGAUCCAAACCCAAUUAGUGAAUUUAAAGCUCUUUUAAAGCGGCUGAUUUGAGGGGGCGGAGCUUAAUUGUUGACCCUCACCCCCUUCUUCCAUUGAAACUUAUAGCUUUACUCCCCUCUUUUCUUCAGUCCAAGCUGCUAAAUGUGAAGUUGCAGAUAGAAAACAAAGGAGAACGUUAAAAAUUUUAAUUUUGAUCUGGGAUAAAAUAAAAUAAAACCUUCAAAAUUAAAUGUUUUGCUCUCAAGUCAAGACGGUCUGUUCAUCUGCUUCUUUUGUUUACUGGUCUGGCCUUUCCAGACUUUAAGAUCUCAAAAGGGUUUUAUUUCCUUGUGUUUGUUAACUUUAAUUACAGUUAGAUCUAUAAUCCCGGAGGCCUUUGCUCGAUGCACAUCAGUGGUCUCUGAACGGAGGUUGGAACACAAACCGUCACGGGUGAAUCCACAUUUAGCCAAGAAAUAAGUCUGCAUGGAAUCAAAUGUGAAUAACUGGGUUUGGAAGUCAUCAGUAGAUUAAGUGUUCUUUUUUUUUUUUAAACCAAAGAGUAACUCCUCAUCAAUUCUUGGUUGAUUAAAAAAGUCAACUGGCGGGAGAACUAAAAAGCUCCCGCAUAAGCACAAAUUGAUUUCACCAGCCCUGCAUGCUCGCCGUCUUUGUUUCUUCUACUCAGAACUGGUGCUGGCAUCCCUCCUCUGUACCUCCUUUUCUUUACUUUUAUGAAUUUUUUUUUUUAACUUUAUUGUACUGUAGUUUAUGUGAAGGAUGUUAAAAACUUUGAAAAGAAAAGGUUUUGUGGCAAAGGCAGUUUAUCCAUGUUAAGAAAUGAUCUGUAUGUAGCAUUUAAUUACACAUGGCACUAACAAAUACAACUUUUUUCUUGUUGUUUAUAAAACUGUGAUUCAUAUUUUCAUUUGUGCUGCUAAAGCUCCCUUCAAAUUAAAUAGUUACUUUGUUAUGGC